AUGGGUCCACAUGGCCUGCCUCACACUCCCAACAUGGGUCCACAUGGCCUGCCUCACACUCCCAACAUGGGUCCACAUGGCCCGCCUCACACGCCCAACAUGGGUCCACAUGGCCCGCCUCACACGCCCAACAUGGGUCCACAUGGCCCGCCUCACACGCCCAACAUGGGUCCACAUGGCCCGCCUCACACGCCCAACAUGGGUCCACAUGGCCCGCCUCACACGCCCAACAUGGGUCCACAUGGCCCGCCUCACACGCCCUACAUGGGUCCACAUGGCCCGCCUCACACGCCCUACAUGGGUCCACAUGGCCCGCCUCACACGCCCAACAUGGGUCCACAUGGCCCGCCUCACACGCCCUACAUGGGUCCACAUGGCCUGCCUCACACUCCCAACAUGGGUCCACAUGGCCUGCCUCACACUCCCAACAUGGGUCCACAUGGCCUGCCUCACACUCCCAACAUGGGUCCACAUGGCCUGCCUCACACUCCCAACAUGGGUCCACAUGGCCUGCCUCACACGCCCUACAUGGGUCCACAUGGCCUGCCUCACACUCCCUACAUGGGUCCACAUGGCCUGCCUCACACGCCCAACAUGGGUCCACAUGGCCUGCCUCACACGCCCUACAUGGGUCCACAUGGCCUGCCUCACACUCCCUACAUGGGUCCACAUGGCCUGCCUCACACUCCCUACAUGGGUCCACAUGGCCUGCCUCACACGCCCAACAUGGGUCCACAUGGCCUGCCUCACUCCCUACAUACCUUCUGUUAUACACAAUUAGUGUUACAAGUUAAU